UUCAUCAAGUUACUGAGUUUUUAUUUCUUCUUUUCUAAAACACUAUCAGAAAAACCGUUUGAUAAUUCUACAUUUUCUAAACAAAUGAAUCCCCACUGGGUAUUUUUGAUUCUGGUAUCAUGUAUAUUUUCUGGCUCGGAGUCUGCUAAUCUUGGAAAUGUAACCGAUAAGUUAGCGUUACUAGACUUCAAGAAUCGGAUAACACAAGAUCCUCUGCGAAUCAUGAGUUCUUGGAAUGAAUCAGUUCAUUUCUGCAAAUGGGUUGGUGUUUCUUGCUCUAUAUCUAAUAAUAAUAGAGUAACAAUCUUGAAUCUUGAAUCUCAAAGAUUGGCUGGCUCUAUACCACCUUCUAUAGGUAACCUCACUUUUCUUACAAAAAUCAACCUUAAGAACAACACCUUUUCUGGCCAACUUCCACAAGAAUUGGGCCGUUUAUUACGGUUGGAGAAUUUAAACUUGACAUAUAACUCAUUUAGUGGGAAAAUUCCGACGAAUCUCAGUUACUGUAAGGAACUGACAGUAAUUGAAGCAUCUGGCAACAGACUAGUUGGGGAAAUUCCUGAACAGCUUAGUUCAUUGUCUAAGUUGGUUGUGUUUGGUUUUGGAAGCAACAAUCUUACAGGAAGUAUCCCAGCUUGGAUCGGCAAUUUCUCGAAUCUGUUUGGCGUUUCAUUCGCGUUGAAUAACUUUGUCGGAAACAUACCUGAAGAAUUUGGCAAGCUCAAGAAAUUGGGGUUUUUCCAAAUUUAUGGGAACUAUAUUUCUGGUAUAAUUCCUCCUUCAAUCUAUAAUCUCUCUGCCAUGUACUAUUUUUCUGUCGCUCAAAACCGGCUUCACGGGCAGUUACCCUCUGACGUUGGCCUGAGGUUUCCUAGCCUGAGAAUAUUUGCAGGUGGUGUUAACAAUUUUACAGGGUCUAUUCCUGAAUCUUUGUGGAAUGCUUCUCAGCUUCAGGUUCUUGAUUUUGCUCAAAAUAGUCUUACGGGAACAGUUCCGAAAGGGAUUGGUAGAUUAAAAAGCUUAGUUAGAUUCAAUUUUGAUGAGAAUUACUUGGGAUAUAGAAAAAUUGAUGACUUGAACUUUUUUGCAUCUUUAACUAAUUGUACUAAUUUACAAGUUCUGGGUUUGUCACAAAAUCAAUUUGGAGGCGAAUUGCCCGACUUCAUCGGUAACCUUUCGAUUCAGUUACAGAUUUUAACUAUCGGACAGAAUUGGCUUCACGGAAGCAUUCCUACUGCAAUUCAGAAUCUGGUUAGCUUAUCCCUGUUAGGAUUAGAAGGUAACCGCCUUAGCGGAAAUGUUCCUGCUGUCAUCGGAAAGCUGCAGAAUCUCGAGGGUAUGCAUUUGAACUAUAACAGAUUCUCUGGCUUAAUUCCGCCCUCUAUAGGAAACUUGACAAGAUUGACUAGACUUUUUAUGGAAGGAAAUAGAUUUGAAGGAACUAUACCUUCAAAUCUCGGAGAUUUGCAUAAUCUUCAAAACCUGAACCUCUCGAGUAAUUUUCUCAACGGAAGCAUACCCAAAGAGCUCACUGCCCUUACUUCCUUGUCGAUUUCUUUGGUCCUGUCUCAUAAUUCCUUGACGGGUUCUAUACCAUUUGAAGUAGGAAAACUAAAGAACAUUAUGGAGUUAGAUUUUUCGGAUAAUAAACUAUCCGGUGAAAUUCCGAGCUCUCUUGGAAGUUGUAUCAGUUUGCAACUCCUUAAGUUAGAAGGUAAUGAACUUGGGGGAUCAAUUCCUGAAUCUUUGAAAGACUUAAAAGGUAUAAUAGAAUUGGAUCUCUCGCGUAAUAACUUGUCUGGCAAGAUUCCUGAGUUUCUAAGUCAGUUCUCGUCUCUGAGGCACUUGAAUCUCUCGUACAACGAUUUUGAUGGAGAGCUGACAGGAGAAGGUAUAUUCGGUAAUGCUACUGUGAUUUCUGUAGUCGGAAAUGAAAAACUCUGCGGUGGUAUUGCAGAGCUACUUCUGCCGAAAUGCUCAAAGAAAAACGAAGGAAAAUCUCUCAAUCUGAGAGUAAUAAUUCCUGCAGCAAUUUCGGGUGUAAUUCUGAUUCUUGCAUUAGCUUGUGUUUUCAUUUUCUGCAUUUCAAGAAAGUCAAGAAACAAACAAUCUAAACCACCCAAUUCUGAUGAAAUGUACCGCGGUAUAUCAUACUCAGAGCUUGUAAAAUCAACAGAUGGUUUCUCGACGGAGAAUUUGAUUGGUUCAGGGAGUUUUGGUUCUGUAUACAAAGGAACUCUCUCCGGGAACGGAGAAACUGUUGCGAUUAAGGUUUUGAAUCUGGAACAACAAGGAGCUUCAAAGAGCUUUUUAGAUGAAUGCAAUGCAUUAAAAAGCAUACGGCACCGUAAUCUCCUCAAGAUCAUCACCACAUGUGCAAGUGUUGAUCACCAAGGCAAUGAUUUUAAAGCUCUUGUUUUUGAGUUCAUGUCAAAUGGAAAUCUGGACGAGUGGCUUCAUCCUAAAACAGACGAACAUAAUCGGACUAAGACGUUAAGUUUGAUUAAGAGAUUGGAUAUAGCCAUUGAUAUUGCUUCUGCUCUGGAUUAUCUUCAUAACUAUUGUGAAACCGCAAUAGUUCACUGCGAUUUAAAGCCAAGCAACGUACUACUUGAUGAAGACAUGACGGCUCAUGUUGGUGAUUUUGGUUUGGCAAAGUUUCUGCUUGAAUCAUCAAUAACUCCAUUCAAGAAAACCGAAGCAAUGACGAUUAAUUUGAAGGGUUCGAUUGGCUAUGUUCCUCCAGAGUACGGAAUGGGCGGUCAAGUUUCUAUUCUUGGAGAUGUUUACAGUUAUGGGAUUCUGUUGCUGGAGAUGUUUACAGGGAAAAGGCCCACUGAUGACAUGUUCAAAGAUGAUCAAAGCAUUCACAACUUUGUUGCAGUUAUGGCUGUGCCUGAACUUGUUUUGGAUGUUAUUGAUCCAACAAUGCUAAUCAAAGAAGAAGAAGGUGACGAUGACGAUGAUGAUACAGAAGAAAAAACAAUAAUCAAAUACGAAAAUAUGAAUGAUGAGGUCAAUGCAAGUGAAAUAAAGAAAUGUCUGGCUUCAGUCAUGAGUAUUGGAGUUUCGUGUUCUUCGAAAUCGGCUUCAAAGCGAAUGUCGAUGAGCAUUGUUGUCAACAAAUUGCUGGAAACCAGAGAUUCAUUUCUCAAAUCAAAGAACAAAAAUAAAAGCAGUGUCAAAUAAAGAAAUACCAUGGGUUUUGACAGCGCUGGUCCAUGUUUUGGAUAAUGAGUUUGUAUAUUUUGAUGUGCAAUUAUGUAUAUUUUCAAUUGA